CCGAGGCCGAUGUUUUGCAGCAGUGUUUGUGGUAUUAAACUCAGGCGGUUCUCUGGCGGGUUGAAGCUGUAAUAAUUGAUGAAGUUUCCAUAAGGAGCAGCUCCAGGAUCUUCGCUGUCCUCUUCAUUCACAUGGGAAACAUCGGUCAUGCUCAGCGGGAAGCGCAUCGCUGAUGUGGGUUAUAAGCUCUUCUCGGGCUCCAUGAUGCUGCUGACGGUGUACGGCGGAUACCUGUGUGUCCUGAGGGCUCAAAGAUUCAUGCAGAGACAGAAACAGCUGGAGGCACAGAAUGAGAGCACGGCUUCAGAAACCAUUAAAGACUGAAGACACAGGCUGUAAAUCAUCACUUAACCGGACACUGAUCAUGUCACACGGGUGGGACAGUGUGUAGACCAGUGCAUUCAUGACCCCUGAAGGGUUUAUUUACCUUCUUGAGGAGUUCAGUGAGAUCUUGUGUGUUGCCAUAUAUUAAAUGCUCCUUGUUCAAUCUC